ACAAUAGACUAGUAGACAAGAGACAAAUCGCCUCAAGAGGACCGCGAGAGGACCCCUUUCUUCCUCCACGAGAGACACAUAUCCAGGAACGCAGAAUUCGUAGACAACUAUCUCUAGUUAAGAUGUCUGCAGCCAAAAGUGUAGCUAUUGGCAUUGACCUGGGCACCACCUACUCCUGCGUGGGGGUUUUCCAACAUGGAAAAGUGGAAAUUAUUGCCAAUGACCAGGGCAACAGAACCACACCCAGUUAUGUGGCAUUCACAGACACAGAAAGACUCAUUGGAGAUGCAGCCAAGAACCAGGUGGCAAUGAACCCAAGCAACACUGUGUUUGAUGCCAAGCGUCUGAUUGGACGGAAGUUCGAUGAGCCAGUCGUGCAGUCAGACAUGAAGCACUGGCCCUUUAAAGUGCACGAUGAUGGAGGAAGGCCAAAAAUUAAGGUGGAAUACAAGGGAGAGUACAAAUCCUUCUACCCUGAAGAGAUAUCCUCCAUGGUGCUGGUAAAGAUGAAAGAGGUCGCUGAGGCCUACCUUGGCCAAAAAGUGUCCAAUGCAGUCAUCACAGUUCCGGCAUACUUCAACGACUCACAGCGGCAGGCUACAAAGGAUGCAGGGGUCAUUGCAAGACUGAAUGUGCUGAGGAUAAUCAACGAACCCACAGCAGCUGCCAUCGCCUACGGUCUGGAUAACGGCAAAUCAGGAGAACGCAAUGUCCUGAUCUUUGACCUCGGCGGUGGCACCUUUGAUGUUUCUAUACUUACCAUUGAGGAUGGCAUCUUUGAGGUGAAGGCCACAGCUGGAGACACUCACCUGGGUGGAGAGGACUUUGACAACCGCAUGGUCAACCACUUUAUGGAAGAGUUCAAGAGGAAAUAUAGGAAGGACAUCAGCCAGAACAAGCGAGCCCUGAGAAGGUUAUGCACUGCUUGUGAGAGAGCUAAGAGGACCCUGUCCUCCAGCUCCCAGGCCAGCAUUGAGAUUGAUUCUCUGUUUGAAGGCAUCGACUUCUACACCUCCAUCACCAGGGCUCGCUUUGAGGAGAUGUGUUCUGACCUCUUCAGGGGCACAUUAAAACCUGUGGAGAAAGCCCUGAGGGAUGCCAAAAUGGACAAGGCACAGAUCCAUGAUAUAGUUCUGGUUGGAGGCUCCACUCGAAUCCCCAAAAUUCAGAAACUCCUGCAAGAUUUCUUCAACGACAGGGAGCUGAACAAAAGCAUCAACCCAGAUGAGGCCGUGGCUUACGGUGCUGCUGUCCAGGCUGCCAUUCUCACAGGCGAUACCUCAGGGAAUGUUCAGGACCUGUUGCUGCUGGAUGUGGCACCUCUGUCCCUGGGUAUCGAGACAGCCGGAGGAGUCAUGACAUCGCUGAUUAAGCGCAACACCACCAUCCCCACCAAACAAACCCAGACCUUCACCACCUAUGCCGAUAACCAGCCUGGGGUCCUUAUCCAAGUCUAUGAAGGGGAAAGAGCCAUGACCAAGGACAACAACCUGCUAGGCAAGUUUGAGCUGUCAGGAAUCCCACCUUCACCAAGAGGGGUUCCUCAGAUUGAGGUCACCUUUGACAUUGAUGCUAAUGGCAUUUUGAACGUGUCUGCGGUGGACAAAAGCACCGGCAAAGAGAACAAGAUCACCAUCACCAAUGACAAGGGCCGGCUCAAUAAAGAAGAGAUUGAGAGGAUGGUGCAGGACGCGGACAAGUACAAAGCUGAGGAUGACCUUCAGAGGGACAGGAUAGCUGCCAAGAACUCCCUGGAAUCCUUUGCCUUUAAUAUGAAGAACAGCGUGCUGGAUGACAACAUGACGGGCAAAAUUAGCAAGGAAGACAAGAAGAAGGUGGUUGAGACAUGUGAUCAGGCCAUUGCCUGGCUGGAGAACAACCAGUUGGCUGAAAAAGAAGAAUACCAACACCAGCUUAAGGAGCUGGAGAAAGUGUGUAACCCCAUCAUCACCAAGUUGUAUCAGGGAGGAAGACCAACAGGCAGCUGUAGAGAUGAAGCACGUGCCAGCUCCCAGGGCCCAACUAUUGAGGAAGUUGACUAAAAUUAACUUGGACUUGUAAAUAGAUCUACUUUAUUCACCACAAUGGUUUCAGACAGGACUUUUAAUCUUCCUUUUUAAUUGAUGGAAGUGUGUGUUUGUAAUAUCUAUAUGAAUGUAGGAAAUGACGGCCUGGCAGCCUGUUCAGGCUGUCUCCCCGCCUGCCGCCAAAUGACUGCUGGGAUAGGCUCCAGCAUCACCGUGACCAUGAGAGCAGGAUAAGCGGUUUGGAUAAUGGAUGGAUGGAUGUUUCAUACAUUGUUAUCUUAGAAACAGAGUCAGUGAGAUGUUGUAAUUUAACACAAAACAGCUGGAUAUUUGUUGAUCAUUGUAAUAAAAAUGAAAAUGAAAAUUAGUUUUAACGGUAGUUUUCAUUUUGUUGCUGGACUUUGAAUAUUACAGUUACGCAUUGAAAUUACUUAAUUAUUAACAAUUUUUUUCCGGUCAAUUGUCCUUUGCAGAGUGAAAAAGAAAUUUACUUGUGUCUGAUUUUAGUAUCUGAAUAAGGAUGCAGAGAACAAGUAGGCAGAUUAUGUUUGGGUGAGAUAGUCCAUUAUCCAGACCCAUAGGUAAAAUUUAUAUUUACUAUCUGCUGGAGAGGUAAAUCACAUUUGCUUGAAAAGGUUACAAAGAUUUGAAUAUUUUAUUUUAACCUGUUAAUUAAAGUAUUUGUGUGUUCAUAAGAAGUCAAUUACAGAACAUUUCCUUUUGAAAA